UUGUCCUUAUGUGUGAGGAUAGCUAGUUGGAAGGGAGAAAUUAUUAUAAUGUUGGAUGUUGCUAAAUUCCAAUUGCUGGUUACAAAAAAUUUCAUUGAUAUCCUCGGUGUUAGGGUUUAUUUGUCUUAAUUCAAUCUCUCACCCAUAUCCCCUAUUUAACUAUUUUCUCCAUUUUCUCACCUCUCUAUAUAUCAUCUAUCUUAAAUGUUAUCACUACCAUGGCUGCUGAGCUUGGCCUUCUCUCUCUGACCCAACUCCACCACCAAAACCCAUCCCAAAUCCAACAAGAUCAGCCACAAAACUCAUCAUCUUCAUCAUCAUCAUCAACUUUCUGGAUGUGGAACCCUAAGCAAACUCAAGAAGAUGAUGAUUCAUGGGAGGUCAGAGCUUUUCAAGAGGACACAGGUAAUGCAAUGGGAACCACUUGGCCUCCACGUUCUUAUACUUGCACUUUUUGCAGAAGAGAAUUUCGUUCUGCUCAAGCCCUAGGUGGUCACAUGAACGUGCACCGCCGUGACCGUGCUAGGCUCCACCAGACAGUGCUUCAGCCACCGCCUGGUUCAAUCAAACCACCCAGCUCAUCAACUUCUACUUCUUCAUCUGCUAUCUUAAUCCCAGCUCAAGAAUUUUCCACUAAUGGUGGUGGGUUAUGUUUGCUCUACCAAUUACCAAACCCUAAUGGAGUUUUUUCUUCCACAGCUAUGAAUGCAUGUGCUGUUGAGUCUCCUACUCUUCUCUCUAUCUCGCCGUAUCACCAUAGCAACUUGAUUGGGCAAGCUCUUAAUUAUCCAGCAGCUUCAUCAUUGAUAAAUUCUUCUCAUUUUUACUCAAGCAAACCAGAAUCUGCAGCCUCUUUUGACAAGUGCAAGGAGAUGGGAAGUGAAGAACUUGAUCUAGAGCUGAGGCUCGGCCACAGAUCGACGAAAUCAUCAUCAUCAUCAUCAUCCCCAUCAUGAUAUGAUUACUAGAAAAAAGCUUAAUUAGAGUGAAAGUUUGAAUUUUUUUUUUCUUUUGCAACUUCUGCAGUGUGGAAGAUAGAGAAGAUGGCUUAAAUUGUAAGAUAUAGUCUAUUUUGAUGGACUAGCUAGUGUGUGAGAUUUUUUUGUUUUUAGUUUUUAAUUUUUGAAUCAAUUUUUGAAGAUGAGAUUGCCUCUUAGUGUGUGUUUGAGAGAGAGGCAGAGAGAUUUUAGGUGCCAUGGAAAGUAAAGAGAAGGAAAGUAGAAGAAAGAUGAGCACCAUGUAAACUCAAAGAAGGGAAAAAAAAUUGAAUGAUUUAAUUGUUUAUGAAAAAUAAAAGAAACAAGAUUAGGAAUUGAGUGAUUCCUGGUAAAGUAUGCAGUGGGCUGUCAUUUUCU